UCGGAGCCGUCCGCCCGGAGCUGGGUUCGAGCGGUGGUGGCGAGGCGACAGCCCCGCGCGCGUCGGCGGCGGCCCCACCAUGCUGUGCUAUGUGACGAGGCCGGACGCGGUGCUGAUGGAGGUGGAGGUGGAGGCGAAAGCCAACGGCGAGGACUGUCUCAACCAGGUGUGCAGGCGACUGGGAAUCAUAGAAGUUGAUUAUUUUGGACUGCAGUUUACGGGUAGUAAAGGUGAAAGCUUAUGGCUGAAUCUGAGAAACCGGAUCUCCCAGCAGAUGGACGGGCUGGCACCUUACCGGCUUAAACUGAGAGUCAAGUUCUUCGUGGAGCCUCAUCUCAUCUUACAGGAGCAGACCAGACACAUCUUUUUCUUGCACAUCAAGGAAUCCCUCCUGGCAGGCCACCUCCAGUGCUCUCCAGAGCAGGCAGCGGAGCUUAGUGCCCUCCUGGCCCAGACCAAGUUUGGGGACUACAACCAGAACACUGCCAAGUACCACUACGAGGAGCUGUGUGCAAAGGAGCUCUCCAGUGCCAUCCUAAACAGCAUUGUUGCAAAGCAUAAGGAGUUGGAAGGCAUCAGCCAGGCUUCAGCUGAGUACCAGGUCCUGCAGAUUGUGUCGUCAAUGGAAAACUAUGGCGUGGAGUGGCAUGCCGUGAGGGACAGCGAAGGACAGAAGCUCCUCAUUGGGGUUGGGCCCGAAGGAAUCUCAAUCUGCAAAGAUGACUUCAGCCCAAUUAACAGGAUAGCUUAUCCUGUGGUACAGAUGGCCACCCAGUCAGGAAAGAAUGUGUACUUGACCGUCACCAAGGAGUCUGGGAAUAGCAUCGUGCUCCUGUUUAAAAUGAUCAGCACCAGAGCUGCCAGUGGGCUGUACCGAGCUAUCACCGAGACACAUGCUUUCUACAGGUGUGACACGGUGACCAGUGCUGUCAUGAUGCAGUAUAGUCGUGACUUGAAGGGCCAUUUGGCAUCUCUGUUUCUGAAUGAAAACAUUAACCUUGGCAAGAAGUAUGUCUUCGACAUUAAGAGAACAUCAAAGGAGGUCUAUGACCAUGCCAGGAGGGCUCUAUACAAUGCAGGUGUGGUGGACCUUGUCCCAAGAAGCGACCAGAGUCCCCCGAACUCGCCGCUGAAGGCCUCCGAAAGCAGCAUGAGCUGCAGCGGCUGCGAGGGCCUCAGCUGCCGGCAGACCAGGGCGCUGCAGGAGAAGCUGCGCCAGCUGCGGGAGGCCAUGCUGUGUGUGGUGUGCUGCGAGCAGGAAGUCAACUCCACCUUCUGCCCCUGCGGCCACACCGUGUGCUGUGAGCGCUGCGCCUCGCAGCUGCAGUUGUGUCCAGUGUGCAGAUCACGCGUAGAACAUGUCCAGCACGUCUACCUGCCAACCCACACCAGUCUUCUUAACCUCACCGUCAUCUGACCUUCCCUGCAAGUCCCCGGCACGCCGACUUGCUGAAGACUGCACUAUUGUAAACUAUGAUAAUGUUGUGAGGAAACCGCUCACUCUCAGCACCCAUCUGCCAUGCAACAUUUAAACAAAAAACAACGAAAAAAGGAAGACAAGAACAUAACACUCCCCACUGCAAAAACACAUCCAUGUGUAGAGCAAGCAGCUCCAGUGCUGGGGACCAGGAGGAGCUCUGGGGCACACGCAUUCCUUGGACUUCGUGUUUUUAUGAUCAAGUAAAGGAAUAGGUGGUGAGGUGGUGAUGUCUUUGUCAGUUAAGUGUUAAUGUAGCCAAAAACGGGAUUUUUAGGAAAUGAUGUCGUAUUUCUCCAUAACGUACACCCAGGCAGCAGAUUUUGUAAGUUAGUUUCAAGAAUUUACUUGGUUCUUUUUUUGUAAUGGUCAUGGGGUGUCGAACGUUUUUAAUAGGAAAAGUUUUCUUAAAUAGGCAUUGUCAUAAUGUCAUUUCUGUCUUUUACAACUUGGUCAAAAAUGAGUGGAAAGCAAGUAGAUUUCAAAGAGAGAGCCUGUGACUUUUGAAAGGUCUGGACAGUCUGGCUCACUGAAAGCAGGUGGAAGGAGGGUUCCUAACCCGUUUCUCUUCCCUGACCCUGGGCCCCAUGCCUUUUAAUGGCAAAAUGCCACUAAUUUGGUUAGAAGAGUCCCAUGAAGUAGUCAAGUAUUCCUUGGGCUUUGGAGCUGAUGGAGUAUUUUUAAAAUGGAAAGACAGAACAUUUCCCUUGCAAAGGGAACACCCAGCUCACUCAGAAACAGCCUGCUCUUCUCCAUUUCUCCCGAGUCCCCGGCUCCACCUGUGACAGCCCACGAGUGUGGCUUUUCUUGAACGAUCAAACCUUCUAUAACCUUACGAUGGGUUUCUAGAUAAGGUCUCCUUUUCAUGUGUAUUUUUUAUUUUUGUAUUUUCUUAAGUGCUUUGCUUCAGCAUUUCUUUGGUUGCCCCCUUUGUAUCUUUCAGUGGGGCUGUUUUUUGUGUUACCUUAUUCUCAGUCCCAUUUCCCAAACCCCACUCCCACUGGGCAUUUUGGAAGCCGGUCAGCUAGCGAGUUUUCUAGGAUGUCGGGAAACCUAGAUGACCUCAUUGGGUGCAAUACUAGCUCAGUGAAAGCUAGAAACCUACACUGUCACUUUACUGAGAUUCCUGAGUGUACUUUUCAUAUUGCCUUAAUGUAGCAGUAAUGUGUUUAUGCAUUUGUUUCUUUGCACAGACAUUUUGUCAGAUAUUAAAAUUCUACUUUUUUAUGGCACAUAUUAGCAUAUAAGCCUUUAUUCCAAGAGGUAUUUAUUUUUUCACUUGUAAAAAAAUGUUUCACAUAAAGAACUCUGUUAUAUCGUAGAGGACUUCUGUCUUUUAUAUUCAGGAUAAUAAAGACUUUAAAAUAAAGUAGGCAUUUGUAUUGUCA